AUGCUCAUGAUGGAACCCGAGGCAGAGGGGCACGCUGGACCCCACGGCGAAGAGUACUGGCGGGAACGAUGUGCGGCGUUGCAGGCCGAAGUGGCAGAGUGGCGCAGCAAGGCCGAGGAGAGACGGGAAGAGAUGGAAGAGGUGGAAGCCAGCUUUGCCGAAUUCAUGGAGUCGAGCAAGGCUCUGGAGCAAGAAAUGGAGCGAGACCUACAGCGCUCGGAAAAGAAGAACGACGAAACCUCACGCGCCCUCUCGCUUCUCAAACUGCAACACGAAGACCUCCUCGCCAAGCAUGCCCGUGUGACCGAGGAGUAUGCGAAGCAACUGGAGCGACAACAGGUCGCCCGGACCCACACGGGCCACACUGACGCGUGCGAUCGCCAGGCGGAAACCGAGACGCUGCGCAGCGAGUUGAAAGUCAUCGGCGUCAAGAAGCGGCAGCUGGAGCAGGACAACGACGACCUCGGCCGCAGGGAGAGAGAGUCGUCGGCAUCCGUGGCGGAUUUGGGAGAGAAGCUGGACAAGGCAAUCGAAGAGAACGCCUGUCUGCAGAGCGAGCUCGAGGAAGCCCGUUCCCGCACUGAGGAGCUCAUCCAGCGACUCAAAGAGGAGAUCAGCGAGCAAAAGUCGGAGCUGGCCGUGCGUGCGCAACAAAUCGGCAAGCUCACCUUGCAGGCGCUCGAUGCGCAGGAGCAGUCGGAGCCACUGGGGCCCGACCACGAGACUUUCCACUUCAGUGGCGAAGCAGCCGCGAGCGACUUCCUCUCUCGACGACAUAAAAGCGUCUCCGACUCGCUUGCCAGCCCCUCGCCCUCGUCAACCUCCCCGUCCCUCCCCGGCUCCUCGCCCCUCCACCUCGUCAACAACAUGCUCCAUCUCGUCAAGGACCUGGAGAAGCGCCUGUCGUCCUAUUCGUCGUCGUCGUCGCCGUCGCCGCCGCCGCAGUGCUCUCCCUAUUCGUCGCCGUACGCGUCCCCCUUCCGUCUCCCAAGCGCGCCGAGCGAGGCCCCGCUGCCCCACUCCGACGGCUCCCCACUCUCUCCCUAUCACCACCACCACCACAACCACCACCACCACCACCGGAGGAGGAGGAGGAGGAGGCGCACGUCGACCCAGACCCAUCACCACCGCGCGAGCGCGACGCCGCCCAAGCCCCGUGACCACCCGCGCACACGCCCACCAUUUUUUAUUAUUAUUAUUUGA